AUGUCUGGUUCCCCGAUCAAUAUCCCAACACCCACCCACUGUACCGCUGACUUCUGUCUAAUCCCCAUCGGCACCUCUUCACCAUCGGUCGCAGAUGAAAUCGCCGACGUCCAGCGACUGGUCCAAACCUGCGGCUUGAAGUAUGUCAUGCAUUCCGCAGGCACAACCCUCGAAGGAUCUUGGGACCGGGUUCAUCAGGUUAUCGGUCAGGCGCACACCAUUCUUCAUCAGAAGGGGAUUGUUCGGAUUCAAACUACUGUCCGGAUUGGAACGAGGACUGAUAAAGUGCAGUCCUUUGAGGAUAAGGUGACGAAGGUGCGUGAGAUAUUGGGGAAGGACUAG